AUGCUGCUGCUGCAGCAGGGGGGAGGAGACAGGGCGUUGCUGGCAAAAGGAGACACUUGGAGACACCCCGCUUCUCCUAUCUCCGCCAUUGGUUAUAAACUCGAGCCGCUGCUGCAGCAAACGGAGACACCCCACAGCCGCAAGCUGCAGCAGCAGCAGCAGCAGCAGCAGCAGCAGCAGCGGCAGCAGCAGCAGCAGCAGGAGCAGGAGCUGAGGGAGCGGGAGCUGCUGCGGCUCACUCUAAAGGAAAUCCUAAAUGAGGAGGCUAUUGCUGCUUCUGCUGCUGCUGCUGCUGCAGUGCAGCAGCAGGUAGAUGCUGCUAUAGCAGCAGAACUUGCUGCUGCAGCGGGAACCGAUCCCGCCCCACGAUCCCGCCGAAGGCCCCUAUCAAACAAGCGCGAGCAGCAGCUGCAGCAGCAGCAGCAGCAGCAGCAGCAGCAACAACAGCAGCAGCAAAGACAUCAGCAGCAGCAGCAGCAGCAGCAAAAGCUGCAUCAACAGCAACAGCACCAGAGGCAGCAACAGCAGCAGAGACAGCAGCAACAACAGCAGCAGCAACAGCAAAGACAGCAAAUGCAGCAGCAGAAGCAGCAGCAUCAGCAGCAACAGAGACAGCAGCAGCAGCAGAAGCAGCAGCAGCAAAGAGAAGCAGGCAGGAGACAAUCAAGAACCCUGCAGCAGCUGCCGCUGCUAAAAGGAGACAGUCCAUCGAUACAACUCAUACACCCCACAGCUCCACACUUCGGAGACACCUCUCAGCAGCAGCAGCAGCAGCAGCAGCAGCAGCAGAUGCAGCAGAAGCAACAGCUGCGGCAGCAGAAAGAGCUACCACAGCAGCAGCAGAAGCAGCAGCCGAAGCAACCACUGCAGCAGCAGCAGCAACAGCAGCAGCAGCAGCAACGAAAGGAGCAACAACCCCCGCACCAGCACCAUCAUCAUCACCAUCCUCAGCAGCAGCAGCAGCAGCAGCAACAGCAGCAGCAGCAGCAGCAGCAGGAGGAGCAGCAGCAGGAUGUGGUGGUGGUUGACUUUGCUGCCUUCGAUGCUGCUGAGGUGUAUACGGAUAGGGUGUUAGUGGGGUGGGGUUGCAGCUCCGAGGAGACAGCAGCAAUAAGGAGACAGGCAAACAAGCGUCUCUCUUCUGCAGCAGCACGUCCCCUCCCUGCUGCUGCUGAUGUCACUCCUGCUGUCUCCUUCGCCACCAGCAGCAGCAGCAGCAACAGCAGCAGCAGCAGCAGCAGCAGCAGCAGCAGCGGCAACAGAGACACAAAGGUACGAAUGAACAGCAACGAAGGCAGCAGCAGCAGCAGCAGCAGCAGCAGCAGCAGCAGUCCGUCUCUAUACGUCCCCCCGCAGCUGCCUCUCAACCCAGAAGCAUUUGCUGCACGAGAGAUAGCAGCAGCAAGAGCAGCAGCAGCAGCAGCAGCAGCAACCGCAGCAACAGCAGCAGGCAGAGGGGGGCCCUUCAGGGGGGCCCCCCAGGGUACACUCGAUUUUGCUGCUGGGGGGUGGAGAGAUAAAUACAGCAGCAAAGACAAGGAGACACACAAACAAAGAAAGCUUGCUGCUCACAGCAGCAGCAGCAGCAGCAGCAGCAGCAGCAACAGCAACAGCAGCAGCAGCAGCAGCAGCAGCAGCCUCUCGCCGGGUGCAGAAGCUGAAGCUGACGGAGACAGCAAAGGAGACAAAAGGAGACAGAUUCGAGCCAGAAGGCUGCAGAUGCUAGAGGAAGCAGCAAAGGUAACGGGGGCCGUAAUAAAAGAAGUGAGGUCCAUAUACACCCGAAAAAUAUCAGCAGCACAGCCUGCUGCUGCUGCUGCUUCUGCUGCUGCUGCUGCUGCUGCUGCUGCUGCUGCUGCUGCUCCCUCUCGCCGGGUGCAGAAGCUGAAGCUGACGGAGACAGCAAAGGAGACAAAAGGAGACACCUCAGCAGCAACGGAGACAGCAGCAACAUCUUCUCUUUUGUAUGAAUCCCCUGAGCUCUGUGGGGUGGACCUUCUAACCCUAGACUACCCCGAAGCAGCAGCAGCAAACAGCAGCAGCAGCAGCAGCAGCAGCAGCAGCAGCAGCAAGAGGAGGAGAAUAGUGAAAGAGGAUUUGUUGCAUCUGCAGCAGUUCCUGCAGCAGCUAGCUGCAGCAAAAGGAGACACCAGAGACAGACGCAUUUUGUUUGUCUCCCCCGACGCCCCCAUCAGAGCGCAGCGUAAACCCCAGCUGCUGCAGCACCAGCAGCAGCAGCAGCAGCAACAGCAGCAGCAGCAACAGCAGCAGGAGGAGGAGCAGCAGCAGCAGCAACCGCAACGAAAACCUGCAGCAGCAGCAACCGCUGCAGCAGUGCCACCAGCACCAGCAGCACCAGCAGCAGCAUCAGCAGCAGGAGAAGCAGCAGAAGCAGCAGCAGCAGCAGCAGCAGCAGCAGCAGCAGCAGGAGAGUCUGGUGCUGGUGUCUCCUUUGGAUUGAGUGUCCCUCGUCGUCUGCAGAAUAAGUCGAUCGAGCUGUCUCCUUUUGAGUCCCCUGCAGCAGCAGCAGCAGCAGCAGCAGCAGCAGCAGCAGGAACAGCAACAGCAGCAGCAGCAGAAGCAUCAGCAUCCGGAGCACCGAACGACCCUCUGUUUAGUUUACAGUGGGCAUUGGGGGCCCCCCUGCCUCAGGGGGGCCCCCAAGCUGCUGCUGCAUGCGAAGAGGGUACUGCAGCAGCAAUCCUGGGAUCGAGUUGGGGAUCGCCUUGGCUCAUAAGGAACGACCUGCUGCGCUCUCAGCUGCUGAAGAUAAAGAAGAGAAGGAGACAGCAGCAGCAGCAGCAGCAGCAGCAGCAGCAGCAGGAGCAGCAGCAGAGGAGACAGCAGCAGCAGGUGUCUCCUCCUCCCCCCCUGGGAUCGAUAUGCUGA